UAGGAGAUCUCGGAUUGCAAAUUUGCCGCCACGAAACGUUACACCGACUGCACAACACCCAAAUCUAAUAUCACUGCUCAUUUAAUACAAAACGAUCUUGUUGAUUACUGAUAUUGACUUCGGAUUUGUGCUUGCUUCUCAAGCCUCAACCCGAGCCAGAAACAGUGAUUGUUCCUCCCUUUCCUCCAUGUCUUAAUGAUACUUUAGGGUUUCUUGAUAUAGGCUUUCCUUUGUUUGUCAACUUCUGCCUCCUCUUUUAGGUUAUUUAUUCAGUGUGACCUGAUUUUGCGGGUUUAUUUAGUGCACGAUAUCAUGAACUGCGAGGUUUGCCAACUUAAAGAGCUGGAAGUGGAGCACUUUGAGAUACGGGAAGUACUGCGAUGUAUUCUACACACCAUUGUGUUCCAUAGGGCUUUAGGUCUUGUACGACCCAAAGACAUUGACUCAGAACUGUUUGAAAUCACAUAUGUGCAAUGUGGGGACGCUGAACUUGAAAAGAAAAUAGAGGAGAAGAUUGACCAGUUCAUUGGUUGGGUAGAGAAGCACCCAAACAAGAAAAGUCAGAUAUGUUUGUCUUUCUACGAGGUGAAAAACAAACAGGCAACUUGGUUCUCAAACAAAACAGAACGCCUAUAUUGGGAACAAUGGUAUAUCAAUUUGAAUGUUGCACAACAACCAAAAGCACAUUUUGCCAAGUCUCACCAUUCCAAAGUGGUUGUAGAUCCUGGAGAGUGUGCCCUUGUGGAGAGAAGUGUUCGGCGGGCAGCCCUGGAGGCAGCUCUUCGUGAAGUUCUAUUUCAAAUCAUAAAAUUCGUAAAUGAGAAAAGAGAUCAUAUCCCUCCUGUUCCAAAUGUUGAGGGUGUCUCAUUUCCCUAUGAAAUCACAAUUCCAAGUUCAUCAGAUUCAUCAUUUGGCAUGGAUGUGAUUAAGAGGAUGCUCCAAACUGGGCAUCCAACCAUGCUUAGCUGAUUGUCCGAGGUGGUGAGCUCUCUUGCUGAAAGUGGCUUUCAACUCCCAUACAUUAUUCUCUUUUAAUAUUUGAAAAGAUUUCUCUGAUCAUAGUAGAGGGUAAUGAUUGGUGAUGUAUAGGGUACAAGGGAGAAAAGUUUCAUAUAAUUUCUGUAUAGCGAUCCUUUUUCUGGAGGGUGGUGGGUUUUUAUCCUGUGCAAGUAGUGACGGUGGCAUUAGCAUGGAUGUCUAAUAUGUACAUAUCAUACCUGGCGGUUUACAAAACUUAUACCUGUAAUUGGCUAAUAUUCUGUUAACUAAGAAAAUCUCAAAAUUUGUUUACUUUAA